AUGGCUUCUACCGAAGCUGAACCCCGCAGCGCCAUCGUCAUCGAUGACGAUACAGAUGCAGAGAUGGACACACCUCGGUCCCCGCCGCGAGAGCUACGGAGAAAGAGACGCCUUGUGGACUAUACCCUCCCGGAGUAUGAGGCUCUGUUUGAUGGCCCAGCGCUCCUCAAUUCCUCCGCAUCCACAACAUCACAGUCACUGAAGAAACACAAAAUACCCAACUUGAAAAUAACAGCAAAUCAAGAAAUUCACAUCAUAUUUGAAACAGAGUUCACAAAGAUCAGGGAUCUUCAAGAAGAAGUGCAGCAUCUGAAGAAGUGGAAUACUGAGCUAGAAAUCAAGCACUGUGCAGAGCUGACCAGGAAAAAUAAGCAGAUCUGCAAGCUAGAGACUGAGAUCAGUGAGCUGGAGCAUUGA